AUGGGGGUGAAGAGGAGCCUUCAGAUUGGAGGCAAUUUGCUUAAUAUCUUGACCAGCGUCCUCACAAUACUGUCCACUGCCACCAACUACUGGAGCCGAGAACAGGGGGGGCACAGUGGCCUGUGGCAGGAGUGUAGCCAUGGCACCUGCACGAACAUCCCCUGCCAGAACACCCUGGCAGUGACCGCGGCGUGCAUGGUGUUGGCAGCGACCUUCAGUACCAUAUCUUUGGGUAUGGGGAUAAGGAUUCAGUGCCAAGAGGGCCAGUCACUACGCAGCCAGAAAGUCAUUGCCUUACUUUUUCUCAGCGGGCUGCUGCUGCUGAUUGCAUUGAUCGGGUAUACUGCAAGGAAUGCCUGGAAGCCAGAAGUCUUCUUCUCCUGGUCCUACUUUUUCGGAUGGCUUCUGCUUUCUGCUGGCGGACAUGAUCUUGCAGAGCACCGAAGCCAUCGGCGGGUUUCCAGUGUGCCUGUGAAUGCAGCCUGCCUAGGGCAGAAUAAAGGAAUGGCUUUUAGCGCCGGCCCUGCGUGCUUUUCUGCGGAACGUGGAGAUACAUGUUUGAAGAGCACGGGGACACAGAUACUGUGGCUUGUAGAGAGUUAAGGAGGUCAGGAGGAAUGCGGGAAAACAGGGACGGAGACGUGGACACUAAAACAAGGAGUGGACCCCGGGGAUUCACAGGAGAAGAGGG